UUAAAACCCUAAACAGCCACCCACGACUAGUGUGCAGAAUCCACAAAAUCAACCAAAACCCUAACAAACUAGAUCUCUGAAAUCAGCCAUCAACAAUGGACAAGGACAUGCUAGGAGGAAUGGAAGGUCUAUCUAAAGAAGAUCAGACCCGUAUGCUUUCCAUGAUCGAAAACCUUCAGUUGCGCGACAGCUUGAAGAUGUAUAAUUCACUCGUGGAGAGAUGCUUUAAUGAUUGUGUAGAUAGCUUCACACGCAAAUCUCUUCAGAAGCAAGAGGAGACUUGUGUCAUGAGAUGUGCUGAAAAGUUCAUGAAGCAUUCCAUGCGUGUGGGAAUGAGAUUUGCAGAGCUUAAUCAAGGAGCAGCUACCCCGGAUCAAAAUUGAAUAAAGCCCCAAGAAUGGUUGGAUUUGAAAGAACAAAAUAACCUUUUUGUUUGUCAUUGUAGAAUCUGCCUGUUUCUUUUGUUUUGGGGUCAUUAUCAGCUAAUAUUCCAAACGGGAAAUAAACAUGGCAGCGAUAUAGGGUUCAUGAUUGUUGCUUUUUGAUGCAUAUCCUUUUCUUAUUUCUGUAAAA